UCCACGGUGCUUUCAUCGACGUCAUCAUCCGCUCCCACUUCGACGUCGACAGGCAAUGGAAACACAUUGAAUAGUAAUUCGUCUCUACUCUUUGGCUUUCUUGUCAGUGUUUUGUCACUCUUCGGCCUAUUCAUGAUCAGCGGGCUUGUAUGGCAUCGUCUGGUCAUGCGGCGUCGGUUGAUCGACGAGAUGUUGCGGGUUAAUAUCCCAUCGCAGAGGAAUGAUAUGCGGAAGCCUUUGCUGUGGGAUGUACGGGCGGUGCUGGGUCAGGACUGUUCCCGAUGGAAGGACGCGCAGCCGCUGGCGGUAGAAAAGUACGACAUGCCAUUGCCACCGCCGCUGAACAGCCAAACGCCGCGAACUUCUUUCUGGAAACGUCAGGUUGUCGCCCGCAUACCGCCUGAGAUAACCUAUCUCUAUUCCCCUCCCACCCUACCUCAAGUGGUUGACCCCCCACUUUUGAAUCAUUCGAGGAUGGAGCUUCCGCUGGAUCAAUCUCACCUCCAGGUUUCGGUCUUGGUAGCCAUGCCUCGACCGCCAGAUCCCUUGUCACUUCCGUCCAAAAAAGUGGUAUUAAAGGAGCACAGACCAUUGUACGAGAUCGUUAUCGGGACAACGAAUGUGUACUAUCAUAACACAGACUCUAACUUGGAC